UAAGUAAUUAAUAAUGUUCGUCAUAUCGGCGCGACUGUCAGGUUCGAUGUAUUUGGCUACCCAAAAAAAACCAACCCGUAACAGAAGCCCAUUUCAACCCCAGCGCCAGUAGCCAUGAUUGUUAAUGGCGUCGCUGUUCACGUUGUUAUUAUUGUCGAACCUUCGCUGGCCAUGCGAAUACAAAGGCCAACACUACAAACAACAACAACAACAAUAACAACAGCGACAGACAACGGAUUAUUAUGGAUUGCCAGUUAUUAUAAUGAGUCAUGUCUGGCCAUAUUGGUAAACAAAGAUGGAAGCGCAGACGACGCCGCAGCAACAGCAGCAGCAGCAACAACAGCAACAACUGCAACAACAGCAGCAGCAGCAGCAACAAGUGCUCAGCAAACAACAGCUGCAAUUGCUGGAUAAAAUCAAAAUUGAGACUAGCAACGGCAACGAUCCACAAGCCAAUACCGUUCUGGAGGAGCAACAGGAGCAGCAAACAACGACAACUGUAGGCAUUCUAGUGCAGACGGGCAGCCAGGCCAGCGAAUCCGAUGAUCAGCAGCAGCAGCAGCAGACACAGCAGACACAAUACGUUGUAGUUCCGCGCACACAGCAGCGACGCAUCCUAACAACAGCGGGUACACUCGAGCUGAACGAGGCGCAUGAGGGCGACCACAGCAACAACAACAGCAGCACCGCCAGCUCGAAUUCGGCACCCGAGACGCAUAUUGAGUAUCAGCGGAGUUCACAUCACUCGCCCCACUAUAUUCAAAUGGCGCCGCGGACUGCGGCCGAGGUCGCCGAUCAGGUGGCACAUCCUAGCACACUCUAUGCGUAUCCCUCGGGCCAGAUCAUAUGCAGUAGCGAUGAUGUGGCGCCCAUUAAAAUGGAGACAAUUGACAAGAGCGAUGUUUCGGGCGAAUCGCAGUUGCAGCAACCCCAACAACUAACACACCAGCAGCAACAACAGCAGCAAUGCCCCACACCCAAUGGUGGACCUUAUGGUGAAACCAUUGUGGUCAGCAGCGAGGGUGUACUGCAGCAUCAUCACCAGCAGCAGCAACAGCAACAGCAACAGCAGCAUCAACAGCAACAUCAUCAGCAGCAACAAGCAGCAGUUGCUGCCGCCGCAGCUGUUGCAGCUACUCACACACACGUGCGUUAUGUAACUGAGGACACGCCCGGCGGCAAUCUGUACUAUGAAACGCCCGUUGUGGAUGCCAGCGUGCAUGCAAAUGAGUCAAAGACCUAUGCGGAUUUGGGCAAUGCCUAUGCAACGUUUACGCCCAACACGACGUUCAGCAGCAACAGUUAUACGACGGCAACAUUGCAGCAGGGGAACACCAUUUACAGUGUGCCUGGGACGACACAGUUCAUAACCAAAUCCGAUCCGAACUUGAAUCCGUUGAGGCAGGCGCCAACGGUUCCAUAUCAAGCGCUAUCGUUUAUAGACAGUGCCAGUGGUGGUGAUCCUGGGCUGUGGACAACGACUGGUGGCGAUUAUCCGAAUGUGUCCUUUACGAACUAUCAAACGCAGGUCAUUGAUGAAUAUCCCACGAGCAACAUGACAGCCGCCCACUGGAACCCCGCUGGCAGCAUUGGCAACUAUGAUCACGGACUGGCAGCGGCCAGCGCAAUAACCUCAACCACCCAUAUGACGGAGCUGAAGUGCGACACCUGUCAGACAUCGUUCAUGCGCAAGGGCAACGAGUGGCCCAACUGCCCCAAUUGCACCAGCUAUGGGCGCAACCAGGCGGGACGGCAUGUGCCACAGCGCCAGAAGCCGAAGGCAGCCGCUGCUCCAAACAAUCGCCGCAAUGGAGUCACCUGCGCCAACUGUUCGACAAACUCGACGACGCUCUGGCGACGCAACAACGAGGGCAAUCCCGUCUGCAAUGCCUGCGGACUUUAUUUCAAGCUGCACAACAUGAAUCGACCCUUGUCCAUGAAAAAGGAGGGCAUUCAGAAACGCAAGCGCAAGCCAAAGAACAAUGGAGCAUCUAUGCCCCAUCGAGUGCUGCCAAGCAUGUCGCAGGGUGUCAAUUUGAUGGUGAACAAUGGCUUAGUGUAUCCAUCACAGGUGACUGUGGGAUUGCCGAAUAGCCAACAGAAUGCGAGUCCCGAGCUGCAUGAUAUGUCUGCAACUGGACCCGCUGGCGGACAGCGUGUGGUGACCAUUCCGCUUAAUCCUGCAGUGCCGACAUCCGAUGGCACAUUGAACAUGUCGCGUCAUCAUGUGACGAGCGAAAGUCACUCGCCUUUCAGCCAGCAGCAGCAGCAGCAGCAGCAACAACAGCAGCAACAACAGCAGCAGCAACAACAACAACAACAGCAGCAGCAGCCUCCGUCACAGAGUCAAUCGCCACAUCUGCCCAACUCGGUCACACUGAACCGUCAGAUUGCACAGUCUGUUCCUCCAAUCGAAAGUGGUCGCAGUUCCAAUAGCGAGCUGACUCCAACUGUUAUAACGCGCACAGGUCUGCCAGAGCGCUCAUCGAAUAACUAAUGUGUACGACUUAAACUAUAGUAAACUUAACCAAAAUGUCAAGAUUGCCAAACUAUUUAUGUAAGAUUAGGUAUGCUACUUACGUUGUAGAGAGACCCAUAUCCCAGUUAGUUAAAGUUGCAAAUGGUGGCUGAGAUUCGUAGAACGAUGAUGUUCUUUCCUUUUAGAUUUCUGAAGUUUGACAUCGGUUUUAUUUGUAAGCAUUUAAUUUAUUUACACUUUCUGUAACUAAUAACUUUUAUCUUUGAGGUAUUGUUUUCUUUUGCAGCAUAAUUACAAAAAUUAUUUUUUAUAUCAAAA